UUCAGAGCCAGAGGGGGCGGGGCGAGACCGGAGGGCGGCUAGGUAACUUUGGCGCCUGCGCAGAGACCCCGGACUCUUAAACUGCUCCCCCUCAAGCCUUGGCGGCAGCGGUAGCUCGCACGGACCGCUUUGGUCUCUUCACUCCAGUGAGACGCCGGGCUCGGCCAUGAACCGGUGCGCUGAGGCGGCGGCGGUGGCGGCCUCCGGGCCCGGCGCGGGCGUCGGGAACGCGGGGCUGCGGCCGCGCAUAGUGCCCCGCCAGGCGUCCUUCUUCCCGCCGCCCGUGCGCAACCCCUUCGUGCAGCGGACACGGCUGGGCGCGGCGAGGCGCAUCCAGAUUUUCUUUCUUGGAAUUAUCCUGCUUCCAAUUCGUGCCCUGUUGCUUGCAUUAAUUUUAUUACUGGCGUGGCCAUUUGCUGCAAUUUCAACAGCAUGCUGUCCUGAAAAGCUGACCCACCCAAUAACUGGUUGGAAGAGGAAAAUUAAUCAGCCAGUCUUGAAGUUUCUAGGCCGUGCCAUGUUCUUUUCAAUGGGAUUUAUAGUUACCGUGAAAGGAAAGAUUGCAAGUCCUGUGGAAGCACCAAUUUUUGUUGUUGCCCCUCAUUCAACAUUCUUUGAUGGAAUUGCCUGUGUGGUGGCUGGGUUACCUUCUAUAGUAUCUCGACAUGAGAAUGUGCAGGUGCCUCUGAUUGGCAGAAUAUUGCAGGCUCUGCAACCAGUGUUGGUGUCCCGUGUAGAUCCGGAUUCUCGAAAAAACACAAUAAAUGAAAUAAUAAGGCGGGCCACAUCAGGAGGGGAAUGGCCCCAGAUACUAGUUUUCCCAGAAGGUACUUGUACUAAUCGUUCCUGUUUGAUUACUUUUAAACCAGGGGCCUUCAUUCCAGGAGUUCCAGUGCAGCCCAUUCUCCUCAGAUACCCAAACAAGCUGGAUACUGUGACAUGGACAUGGCAAGGAUAUACAUUCAUUCAACUUUGUGUGCUCACUUGCUGCCAGCCCUUCACAAAGGUGGAAGUUGAGUUUAUGCCUGUUCAAAUACCAAAUGAUGAAGAAAAAAGUGAUCCUGUCCUUUUUGCCAGUAGAGUCCGGAAUUUAAUGGCAGAAGCUCUGAGAAUUCCAAUAACAGAUCACACCUAUGAAGACUGCAGAUUGAUGAUUUCAGCAGGACAGCUAACACUGCCUAUGGAGGCUGGGUUGGUGGAAUUUACCAAAAUCAGCCGGAAAUUGAAAUUAGAUUGGGAUGGGAUUCGUAAGCAUUUGGAUGAAUAUGCCGCUAUUGCAAGUUCCUCUAAAGGAGGAAGAAUCGGAAUUGAAGAAUUUGCAGAGUAUUUGAAGCUGCCUGUUUCAGAUGUCUUGAGACAACUUUUUGCACUCUUUGACAGGAACCAUGAUGGCAGUAUUGACUUCCGAGAGUAUGUAAUUGGCCUGGCUGUCCUGUGUAACCCUGCCAACACAGAGGAGAUCAUCCAGGUGGCAUUUAAGCUCUUUGAUGUUGAUGAGGAUGGCUUCAUAACAGAGGAAGAGUUCGCCACCAUUCUGCAGGCUUCCCUUGGAGUGCCUGACCUUGAUGUUUCUGGUCUCUUCAAGGAAAUAGCCCAGGGGGAUUCUGUUUCGUAUGAGGAAUUUAAAAGUUUUGCCCUAAAGCAUCCAGAAUAUGCUAAGAUAUUUACAACCUACUUAGACCUCCAGACGUGCCAUGUGUUUUCAUUACCAAAAGAAGUCCGAGCAACUCCCUCAGUCGUAAGUAAUAAAGUCAGCCCUGAAAGUCAUGAAGAGAGUACCUCAGACAAAAAGGACGACUGAACGCAAACAUUCCUAAUAAGGAAAAUGCGGUGGCUUUUACUUGAAAUUUCAAAGGCGUUUAUUGAUAGUAUUUUAUUUGUGAUUGAGUAAUGAUGUUUUAAAAUAGAAAGCUUUUUUAUAAAAAAAAAGAUAGAUUUUCUUACUGAAAUGCUUCUAUUCGCAUGUGUUUAUCAAGUAAUAUUCAUUUUCUUUUACAUUAUAUUUUGCUAUACUGAUAGGCUUAUUGGCGAUAAAGAUGUUUUUAUGGAUUUUUCCAGGUUAAUUUGCAUACCCAAAUGAAUGAAAUGGUCUCCCUUAUUUACUGAUGAGCAUUAAUCAAUGCUGCAAAAAGUUUUAGAAGUAUAAAUAAUUUUUCAUCUACUUUCCUCUAAAGAAAUAAGGUUAGCUUUAAUCCCUUGCCAUUCUAGAAAUAAGAAUGAAGAGUCUGAGGAACGUUGCAGAAUUUUAUACCUUUAACUUCACAGAUUCAUUUUUUCCAUUUGCAUUUCAGUUUCUUGGAUCACUGAACAUGGGGGGAUUGGAAGGGAGAGCUCCGCUAAUUAGAUGAGACUUCUUAAAAACUCAUAUUCUCUUGACCAUGCAUCCCUAUUGUAGAUUUCCUUAACCACCUGCUAAGGAGAUCAUAACCUUUUGCAUGAUCUACAGAUUUAGAACUUUGUUUUAAAGACAACAGCUAUGGCCAAAGGCUAUGUGGGAAUUGCCUUAUUGAAGGUAACAUUAAUUGCCUAAUGAGAAAAAUUGUUUGCCACAGAGUUUAGUUUAAUUUGAGUUGGGUAGUUUAGAAUGUAGCCCUUGCCCAGUAAAUGAAUCAGAUUUACUUUAUUUAUAUAUUAUUAGAAUUAAUAUAUUUUAUCAUCUAAGUGGGAGUUUUAUUGUGUCCUCUCAAAUUUUAGAGCUUGCCUGAAAUAUCUACAGGGAAAAUACGAAAGGUUCCAAAGUAUCACCAAAAGCUAAGGAAUCCAAAAACCUACUUUAUUAAUGCAAGACCACAAUUUAACCCCCAGGCAGGAAUUUAACGGUGAUAUUUUUUUCCCUUAGGUUAAGCAAUAAUUUCCCUCAAGUGCCAUUUUAUCAUAUGUCACGCAUGCUUACUAAAAAGUUUCAUCCUUAAGUAUGAAGGAUGAAACAGUAUGAUUGUUUGCUUUUUACAUAUCUUAAGCUGUUUAGACAAAGCACUGAAUAAGCUGAAAACAAUUUCUUAAGUAAUUAGGAAAGUACAUCUUUAUAAUAUUGGUUCUCAUAUGCAAUUGAAUGUAUGUAUUACUCAGGUACCAUGAUUUUUAUCAUAGAAAACCCACAUAUUAAUCCCAUUUAUCAUGAAAAAGUAACAUUUUAAAUUACAAGCUUUCUGUGAGGCUCUUGAAAGUGAUCCCAUUGUUUUCCUGUUUUAAAGUAAUAUUUUAUGUUCUUUAAUUCCACUUAUGCCAAUGUAAUAUUCCUAUUUUAUUAUGUUACUGAACAAACUUGCUACAUAAAAUUCUUGGCAAUUAAAAAUUCUGGUUUUGC